AUGGCAUCAGCGAUGAGCAAGCGCCUCGAAGGCAAGACUGUCGUAGUCACUGGCGCCUCUUCAGGAAUUGGAAAAAGCACAGCUAUCGAAUUUGCUCGCACCAGCCCUAAAAACCUCAAACUCAUCGUUACCGCCCGCCGAUUGGAAGUCUUGGAACAAUUGAAGGAGGAAAUCAAGAAAGAGGUUGGAGAUGGUGUCAAAGUUCUGCCCGUCAAGCUGGACGUGAGCAACCCGGAGGAAGUCAGAAACUUUGUCGGAAACUUGCCAGAGGAGUUCAAGGAUAUCAAUGUUCUGGUCAACAAUGCCGGUCUGGUCAAGGGUGUCGCCAAAGCACCUUCAAUCGCUGAAGCAGACAUCAACGUCAUGUUCAAGACAAACGUUACUGGCCUUAUCAACAUGACUCAAGCUAUUCUCCCCAUCUUCCAAGCUCGCGGAGAGUCGGGAGCCGGCGACAUCAUCAACGUCGGCAGUAUCGCCGGACGCGAACCUUACCCAGGCGGUAGCAUCUACUGUGCCACCAAGGCUGCUGUUCGCUCCUUUACAGACGCCCUCCGCAAGGAACUCAUCGCUACCCGUAUCCGUGUUAUCGAGAUUGACCCUGGUCAGGUGGAGACAGAGUUCAGUGUUGUCAGAUUCUAUGGAGACAAGGCUGCUGCAGACAAGGUUUAUGAGGGAUGCGAGCCUUUGACACCGGAAGAUAUUGCUGAGGUUGUUGUGUUCGCUGCUGGCAGACGGGAGAAUGUCGUUUUGGCCGACUCGCUGAUCUUCCCUAACCAUCAGGCCGCUGCUACGGUUAUGCACAGAAAGAGUUAG